UUUGGAAUAAAGAAGAAAUAUGUUAAAUUUUUUAAAUAAUUUGAAAAAAUAAUGAGUAAUAUCUCUUUACAUCAAAUAGACAAUAUAUACAAUGAAUUAUUUAGAAAGUUUGUGGAAGGUGUUGAAAGUGUCAACGUUGUAGACUUUCAGCAUUUAAAUGUAAAUAAAGAACGAAAAGUUACUUCCGAAAAUGAUAUCUGGAUAUUUGGCUACGGAUCACUUAUGUGGAAGGUUGAUUUCCCUUAUGUAGAUUGUCAAAGCGGUUAUAUUUGCGGCUAUUUACGACGUUUUUAUCAACACAGCAUAGAUCACCGUGGAACAAAAAUAAAACCAGGUCGAGUCGUGACACUUAUAAAAGCUGAAUUAACAGAUCGUGUUUACGGAUUGGCAUACCGAAUAGCUGUUAAGGAUAAAGAGAAUGUAUUAAAACAUUUAGAUUAUCGCGAAAAAAAUGGAUAUCAAAGGUGCGAAGUUACAUUUCAUAAAUUUCCGGAUGAUUCUAAGGAAUCAACUUUAAAAAUUCUUAUAUAUAUUGCCACACCUGGCAAUGAAUCUUGGGCUGGAGAAGGUGACGAGGCUAGUGUAAUUAAAAUCGCAGAGCAAAUAUUUACUUCCGUUGGUCCUAGCGGUACUAAUCGAGACUAUUUUUUCAAUUUAUUGCAUACUAUGUUAACUUUAUUUCCUGGGAUAAAGGAUAAUCAUUUAUUAGAAAUUGAUAAUGAAUUACAACGACUUAUCUUAACAUGCGAAACCAAAUUAUUAGAGAGAGCAUUAAAAAAAGAAAUUGCUUUAACAUUACACUCAUUAGGAAAUAACAUACCAUUAAACGAUGACGCGGUUCAAGGACAAUUAUAUCAACUUAUAAAGCAUUGUUCUAAAGUAGGUUGGAGAGAAGAACUAUUAGUAAAAGAAUUGUACUCAGGUAAAGAAAAGUGAUAUAAAAUU